UGAAAUCUUUGUAACUGUGGCUGUUUCUGUACUCUUAGUCUGUGGUACAUGUUGACUGUGACGUUUUUGGUUGUUGUUGUAUUUCAUCACUGAAGAAAGAAAUCUAAUCUUUAAACUUUGCUAUCUCAGGUUCAUUUCGACAAAUUCUUAAAUUUAUUACGUAUCUAAGUUGUCUGUGUUUAGUACAUGUAUUGUAUGUUGAAGAAACACAGUACUUUGAAUAUUCUCCAUAAAUACUUCUUUCCCCUUCAUCAGCACAGUAACUUCAAAACUAUGGGUGAACAUACUUGGAGAGGAGUUCCUAUUUCGGAGAUUUACGGCUCGCAGAGCCCAUGGGGGGCUCCUGAGUUCCCGCUAAUUGUACCGUCGUUCAGUCACGCUGUGCUGUACCAUAUUCCAAGCACUGGAAGACCCCAUCAAGACUCGCCACCUAAACCAAAGCUGGGAAAUGAUCUGUGGAAUCAUGAUUUCGUGAGAAUGCCAUGCUCUAACCAAAGUUUAUAUCCUAUUGAGAAUAGCAAUGGUGAAACAAAACUUAUAAAACGCUGGGAGAUAAUAGAGCAGGCUCUCUCAAAACCAAUACGCAACAGUCAAGAGCUGGCAGAUGCAAUAUUAUCAUACAAUACUAAAUUUAAAAGUCUGUGGAAGUUUAAAGCUUUACAUAAACUGUUUAAUGAAUAUUUGGAGGAAGAAGAGUCAGAAUAUUUUUUCAAUGUAACACUUCCAGAAAUUGUGAAAUUGACAUUAGCAUUGCCCAAGUUGAUUCAAUCGCCAAUACCACUAUUGAAGCAACACAAAAAUAAAUCUGUUUCAUUGUCACAGCAACAGAUUGCAAGCUUAUUGGCUAAUGCUUUCUUCUGUACAUUCCCAAGAAGAAAUACUACAAAAAAGUCUUCAGAAUAUGCUUCAUAUCCAUACAUAAACUUGAACAGAUUAUUUAAUUCAUCAGGGUCAGAUUCAAUACUGGAGAAACUCAAAUGUAUUUGUCAUUAUUUUAGAAGAGUUACAACAAAAGUCCCGGUCGGAGUGGUGAGUUUCUCCCGUCGCACUGUGGCUGCAGACGCUUUACCUCUAUGGGCUGCUUCAGAGAGACCAGUGUGCUCGCUGCCUGUGCACGUUGACAGUGAGACUACUAUAGAGGAUGCCCAAGGGCUCAUACAAGUGGACUUCGCUAACAAAUUUUUAGGCGGAGGAGUUCUUAAUUUCGGGUGUGUCCAAGAAGAGAUUAGGUUCGUGAUAUGCCCUGAGCUGAUGAUAUCGAUGCUGUUUACGGAGAUGUUGAAACCAAAUGAAGCCCUCAUGAUGAUAGGUUGCGAGCGUUACAGCACAUAUUCGGGGUACGGCCAUAGUUUCCACUGGAGCGGCGAUUAUGUGGACUCGACCCCUAUAGACUCGUCGGGGCGUCGCCGCUGCGCGGUGCUGGCUAUAGACGCGCUGCCUUAUGCCAAUGCGCGUCACGAACACAACAAGGACAUGAUCACUAGGGAACUUAAUAAGGCAUGGGUAGGAGUAUCAUACGGAACAGAUCCGCGUUCGGAAGGCCUCAAUUACCCCGGUGUAGCCACUGGGAACUGGGGCUGCGGAGCCUUCGGCGGGACUCCGCACCUGAAGUCCCUCAUACAAAUCAUGGCGUGUGCGCAGGCCAAACGUCCCAUGGCCUAUUAUACGUUCAACGAUACAGAACUACGGGACGAUAUUGUGAACGUUUACAAUCUGCUGGCUAGAUACAAUGUCACAGUGGGGAAAUUAUACAAAUACCUAGGGCAAUACUCAACAGACGCGCGGCCCAAUCAGUUGCAUGCUUACCUGCAACAAAAAUUACUAGACGAAAACAAACCUAAGUCACCAGUCGUAGAAGUGAUGGAUGCCAGUGAAGUACCAAUGGAAAUAUCUUCGGCUGACACAUCGAGUCCUAUAAAAAAGGCACCGGCCAACAAUUCACCAGAUCUCUUCUCACAAGAGGAAUUGGACCAAAGCGAGUACAAUAGACAGAUGAACGAUCUGGUAGACGCGGCUGAAAGGGGGGAGUUAUUUAACCCAUUGAGAAACGACAGCGGGGAAAGAACAGUCCCAAAUGGAAGUAGUGGGGAGAAAACUGUCCCAUAUGAAUCUAAGGAACAAACCACGAGACUCUUUGACGAAAUGAAGAAAUUCGACGAGGAAAAUGGUACGUUAAACUUUUCCGCACCUAACACAUCACCGUUGAAACAAAGUAGGGUAUUAAAUAGUGAUAAUAGUAAUGACGUUACGAAGGACAGCGAUGAGAAAAUACAUUUGGACGUGUCGCCGGAAAUCAAGAAGAAAAUGAGCAGGAAAAUAACGGAUUACUUUAGCAAGAAGUCGAUUUGAUGAUUUCUUCUCGUUGAGUUUUGUGCGGUUACAGCACUCCUGUUGUUCAGGAUGUAUUUGAAGUUUUGUUCGGUGAGGUACGUCUGAGAUGUGUAUGGAAAAAGCGCUCUUGAACUGUUUGUUUUAAAGGCGAUUUUAUAUUGUAACAUAUUUUUUAAGUGGAUAUGUUACUCACAGACUAUCAAAAUCAGAGAACAAAGGACUUAAUUAUUUCAGGGUGUAGUUUAUGCUGUGAAAUGAUUGAAACAACUUUCUUUUACCAUAUACUGGGUUUAAUCGUAGAGUGGUGGCGUUAACAUUUAAUUUCCAACGUUAUUAAACUAAAUACAUACUCUUUUUUACCUUAUUGUACGACGUUGACAAACUAAGUUUACAUUCCUUGAUGAAAUCUGUUGAAAUGGGUAGCUGAGAAGGCAGUUAUGAUGGUGACAGCUUCUUAUUAUCUUAUUAUUCGAAGAUCCGAAGCCCACACUGUACACCAAGCCUUGUUAUAUUUCAUCACCACAACGUGGUCUCAUGACGUCGCCAUUUUGUUGUAAGAAAUGAAGCCAACUAAUUCUUGGUUAAUUCAUGUGGAAUGAUUCAUCACAUUCAAGUACGAAGACUAACAAUUAGCCACUACGCCUACGAACCCCUAAAACAAUAAAGAAAUGCAGUAGAUAUGCACUUUUCUCUCAAGAUCCCUAACUAUCCAAAAAUUAAAGUUGUACUUACAGUUAUGGGAUUUUCUAUUAAAUUAUCCUUAAACUAAUACAACAUCGUCUUCCUUUGGUGUACUCUUAGCCACCUUUCAUCACUUAUUCUUUUCCUUAUUUCUUUUCAAGCGAGCUCAAAAUAC